AUGUUACCAUCCCUGUAUGUAUCCCUCCCAUUUUUUCCCAUUCCAACCACUCAAUUAUUCACUACAAUUCCCAUCCAUACUCCCAUAUUCACAAACACUACCACUACCACAACAGGUGCUCAAUCUACCGCCCCCACUCCACCAAUAACAACCAAACCACCUAUCACAACUGAACCUUCACCUACUUCAAAACUCUUAUCUCCCACACAAUCCACUGAAAUAUCACCUAUUCUAGGUGGUGAGGAGUUGGAAUUUGAUUCCACGUAUUUUACUCCUUACCGAGUGCAGAGCGAUGAUGAUGAUGAUGAUGAUGAUCCUGUUACGAAACAUCAUCUCAAGGAGGCUGCGGCUGCUAAGAACGCUCAAACUGUCAAUGCUUCAGUAGAGAACCUUCAACGGUCUCUUCAAUCUGAACGCUCAAACCUUGAAGCGGCACAACAAGCUAUUGAAGCAGCCAAUGGAUCUCUACAUGCUAAUGUCAAUGACCGUUUAACUCAAUUGGAGGCCGAAUUGGCUGUAGAGAAUCGCAUCAUGGAUGAACUUGACAGGCACACCUCCCAGCUAAAAUGCAAAACCUCAAGCUACGUACUGCUACUACUGAGCUCUAUGAUCUCAAGUCAGAGAAGGAGGUUGUUCGGAGUUAAGUGGCUGAUGUUCACUCCAUCCUCUUUCAUCUUGUUGAAGCACAUGAUCCAAUCAUCACAAUUACCACCAUACGUCAUCUGGCUGAUAAAUUUAGGCCAGCAUUGGUCCUCCUUAGUCGUAUCGAGGGUGUUCCGGUGA